AUGUUGUCUAUUAUAAGCGAUAAAUUAGGUUUAUUUCCUAAAACGUUAUUCAUAAAACCGAUCAAUUGCGCUUCACCCUCUUUAACAUCUUUUUUCUUUUUAUUGAAACAAAGUACGACUAGACCGUCGUUAUUAUCAGCCUCGGGCAUUCUGCUGUAUCCAAUAGCUUUGAAUCUACAUAAUGGAUUUUCUUGAUUAAGCUCUAUAGGUGGUGCAUUCAUAUAAUAGUAAGCUUUCCCAGUUCCCCACAAAGCUUGUAUAAGAUUCCAUCUCGCGAUAAUAUUAUCACGUUCAUCAUUAUACAGUUGACAAUUAAAUACGGCAUUGUAUAAUGCUUCAGAUAUAGUAUUAACGGGUUGUUGUGGUUGCUGCUGUUGUUGGAACUGUUGCUGAUUUUGUGCUAAACCAGAUCCGAAUCCUGUAAAUCCUGUGCCUGAUAAAAAAAUUUAAUAAGAAAAUACAUUACAAAAAAUUAUAUUGAUAAAUAAAAAAAAAGUAAUACCAACCUGUACCAAAACCACCAAAACCACUAGUUGUAGUUGUAGUUGUUGGUUUUGUCCCAAAAGCGCCAAAACCUGUAGAAGUACCAAAAGUUGGAGCUGUACUUGUAGUGCCAAACCCUCCAAAAAAAGAAGGUGCAGAGGUAGUUGUCGUAGUUCCAAAUCCACCGAAACCACCAAAGCCUAAAGAGGAUGUUGUAGUGGUCCCAAAUGUACCAAAUGCACUAGUAGAGGCUGGUGUGCUACCAAAAGUAGAAGUAGUGCCAAAUGCAGUGCCUGACGAAGCAGUUGUACUUCCAAAUACUGGAGCUGUUCCAAAACCAGUGGUAGAAGUAGCACCGAAGGUAGGUGCUGAAGCAAAACCACUUGUCGAUGUGUUACCGAAACCAGUUGCAGCUGGUGUUCCAAAAGUAGUACCACUUCCAAAUCCUCCUGUUGCUGGAGUUGAAGCAGAACCAAACAGACUUGGUGCUGAGGUAGCUGGUGUACUAAAUCCAAAAGAUGGUGUUCCAAACCCUGCUAAAGCAUUUAGUUCUUCAAAUGAGAUACAUUUAAUAACAAAUGAAAGCAAAUAUGGGCAAUUUGCUCACAAAUUAUUAAAAAUAGCUUCAAUAUCUGGUAGAAAGGUUGCACUUCGCCGUGUUGACCAAUCUUCUGAUGUUUCUACUGAAUUGUUACAUGAAUUUGGUACCACAGAUGUAGCAAUUGGGGAUGUUACAGCAGAAGUUAUGAUAACAACAAUGGGUAAAAUCCCAAGUGAAAUGUUUUAUUUAGAGGACAUACCAGGUACUAUAGUUCCACAAAGAAUACAAACAACAUCGACAUUUGCAAAAACUAUGAUGGAAACAACAGAAUACUAUCGGCCUGUAGAGUCUACUAGUCAUUCAUCAGUUUUAGUUGCUCUAUUAACUGCUCUCUUUAUAAUAUUAUUAUUAUGUUGUAUCACGGCAUGUAUCGUAACUAAAUCAAAGAAGAAAAGUAAUUUCUUUGGUAAAGGGGAUAUGGAGUGUGAGCCAGGAUGUACAGGCAUAAAUCAACCUUUGCUAGAAAAGUUUUCAAGCACAACAAAUAAAACCAGCUCUUUGAGAAACUAA